CAGCGACGGCGGCCUCGCCUCUCACCACCACCUCUCCACACUUCACACACCCCGCUCGCCGCACCCGGACGCGUCGCCCAGCAUGCCCGGGCGCAUCUCGCGCCUCGUCGCCUCCUUCCUGCGCGUCGUGCUCGUGCCGACGAUCGUCUUUGGCGUGCCUGCCUGGCCGCUGCUCGGCCUGCUCUGUGCCGUGCCAGUCGUGGGCAUUGUCACGAUCCCGCUCUUCCUGCUGCUCUCCGUGCUGCUGCUCUACUCGAUCGCAUGGUUCUCCUACCUCAUUCUUGCGCAGGCCGACCCGCCGUCGUCGGCCGGCGGCGGCCUGGCCGGCGCCUACCUGCCCUUCCUGCCGUACAGCCCGAUGCGCUGCCUCAAGAUCAACUGGGCUGCGUUCCUUUACGCCUCGACGGCGCUGCGCGUGGCGCUGCCCGCCGUGCUUGACUGGAGCUACCGGCGCGUGAUGGUGCUGGGCACGAAGGGCGGCGCAGGCAUCAUCAAGGAGAACAUCGACUACGGCUCGCCCACUGCCGGCAUGCGGCUCGACGUGUACAUGCCGCAGUCGCAUGUGCCCGAGACGCCGGCCAAUGGCAGCGAGGCGUCCGCGCAUCCCGGCCUGCGCAGCCGCAAGCACAGCACGCUCUUUGCCGACGGAUUCGCGGCGGCAGGCCAGGGACCGACGCCGCAGGACCACGCGCGCGGUUUUGGGGCCAAGCGAGCGGCUGUGAUUGUUUUCCUUCCGAGCACGAUCCCGCCGCUGACCUGGACUGGCAAGCGGAAGACGUAUCUGCAGCUCGCCCUGCGCUUCCGCCGGAUGGGCUACUGCGUCGUCGUGCCGGAUAUCACCUACUUCCCUUCCGCGCGCAUCAAGAGCUCCGUGACCGACUUGCGCCUUGUCCUGCGCUGGGUCGGCUCGAGCAUCACGCGCUACGGCGGCGACCCGCACCGCAUCCACCUGAUGGGCCACGGCCUCUCGGCGCACCUCGCCAUGCUCACGCUGACGCAGGAGGCCGUGGUGCUGAGCCGCGAGGGCCACAUGGAGCGCGCGUACGAGCGCGAGCUGGAGAAGUCGGGCAUGCUGCGCUGGGACGAGGGCGACGACGAUGCGCCCAAGUCGCGCGCACACGCCACGCGCGGCAACGGGCGCGAGCAGGGCCCGCCGGUCGAGCCGCCGCACGAGGACACGGCGUGGGUCGACGAGGCAGACUCGGACAUGCUGCCGCCCGGCGGCGUCAUGGCCGAGUCGGCGGCCGCGGGCAUGUCGCACUCGGCGCGCCUGGCGACGCAGCUGGGCAGCCUGGGGGCGCCCAGCACGCCGCGGAGGGUGGCAGGCGCCGACGCUGCGCACCACGGCACAUCGCCGACACGCGAGCAGCGCGCCGCCACGCGCGAGCAGUCGCUGGCCAACGCCGAGAGCAGCAUCCCGAAUGGCCUCAAGCGCGUGGAGAUCUACGCGCCCGAGGUCGCCAUCCCGCCGAUUGCCGGCCUGAUCCUGUGCUCGGGUGUGAGCGAUGUGAUCAAGGGCUUCCGCAACGAGUCUGAACGGGGCAUCGAGCACCUCAGCUCGCUGCGCCGCGCCUGCGGCCCGAGCCACACGUCGUGCCUGCUGCACUCGCCGGCGCACCUGCUCUACGCGGCCAAGAACAUCCUCGACGCCUCGCUGCUGCCGCCCAAGGUGCUGCUCAUCCACGGCGGGCGCGACGCGUGCGUCGACAUUUCGCAGUCGACGCUGCUCAAGACGCUGCUCGUCGGCUGCGGCGUCGACAGCGUGCGCCUGCGCGCCUACCGCGAGCUGGGCCACGCCGAGGCAGUGGCGGCCAUGUUUCUCGGCAUGGGCGGCAAGGGCGCCACGCGCUAUCAGAAGCAGCUGCUCAACGACAUUGGCGACUUCGUCUCGACCUGAGCGCUGCCCCUGAUGCUGGGCCCGGCCCGCUGCUCCCUCUCACGACCUUACACACACGACCUCGCUGCUCUGCGCCUGUGCCCCCUGUAUACUGUUGUCACGCAUGAUUCCCCCCUCCCCCAGUAUCGCCUGUGCCCAUCGUCGUCGCGAAUCGCAUACAGCUGCU